GACAGUAGACGGCACUGACUCACGCAGCACGUUGUUCGACUCUUUCAGACCUGCAGCUGAAAACCCGACGGGAGAACGAGGAGGAUAAAGACACAAUAAGAACUUUUAUCCUGUUUUUCUUUCCUUUCGAAGGGGAUAUUAUCUUUGAAAUUCUUUCUGGACACCAUCAUUUUAACUCUGAGCUCUAAACAAAGUCAGAAUGUGUUUUAGUUAUUCAUAAACACCAGAUGGCGGUGAUUUUAAAUGUUAUUUGAGAGAGUGUUGGGACGGGAGCAGGUGUUUUUCCCCCACUCCGUCGCUCAAUUACUCCAAAAAGCUGCAGAAGAUUUUUUUUUCGUUUGUCCUCAAUUUUGACAAAUUUAAUUCUCUCUAGCCGAGCCAUUUCAUCUCCUGUUUUUCUUCCACCACCAAUCGCCUCCACUUAAAGCCAGCCACCGAGGGGACAAGAGUACAGUCUGCCUGCGAGCGGUCAAAGGAAAUCAAAACAAUCUGCUGAAGGAUGCUACUUCAAUAGACAGUCCUAACAGCCGCUGUCAAUAUGUUCAGGCGAGGUUAUGGCGGGGUGGAGUUGCUGCUGGUGCUGUGGGGCCUGGAUCUCUCUAUGCCCUGCCCCCGCCACUGCAUCUGCUACACUUCACCUAGCACCGUUUCCUGUCAGGCUCACAACUUCCAUGCCGUGCCUGAGGGCAUCCCAGCUCAGAGUGAGCGUGUCUUCUUGCAGAACAACAAGAUCCAGCGGCUGCUCCGCGGCCACUUUUCGCCCACCACCACCAUGCUGUGGCUUUACUCCAACAACCUCUCCUACAUACAGCCAUCCACGUUUCACGGCUUUGACCGGCUGGAGGAGCUCGACCUGGGGGAUAAUCGGCACCUAAAGGCCGUCGCCUCAGACACCUUUAUGGGUCUGGGUCGGCUACACGCGCUGCACCUGUACCAUUGUGGCCUAAUCAGUCUGCCUCCAGGGAUCUUUGCUGGUUUACAUAAUCUUCAGUAUCUCUACCUACAGGAUAACCAAUUAGAGUUCUUAGAGGACGAUUUAUUCAUCGACCUCCUGAACCUAAGUCAUCUCUUCCUGCAUGGGAAUCGGCUUUGGAGUCUUCGCCAGAACACUUUCCGAGGAUUGGGCGUCUUGGACCGACUUCUUCUGCACCAGAACCGAAUCCAGUGGGUUGAUCGGCAGGCUUUCCAUGACCUUCGGCGUCUCACCACGCUCUACCUGUUCAACAACUCCAUCACUGAGCUAUCUGGUGGCACCCUGAUGCAGCUGCCGGCCUUGGAGUACCUGCGUCUAAAUGACAAUCCCUGGGAAUGUGACUGCAAGGCGUUAUCCCUCUGGGACUGGCUGCGAAGGUUUAGAGGCUCCACAUCCUCUCUGAUCUGCGUUUCACCACCGGAGUUGGCAGGAAAGGAUAUGAAGAUGGUGAAGAAGGAAGAGCUACCCAACUGCUUGUUGAACGAGGGUCACAGAAGAGGUAACUCUGGAGGGGAGAUGGAGCAUGGAGACUCUUUAAACCACCUAAACCGCCACAGAAUCCAUCACAACCAUCAUCAGCGGCCGUACCUGCCGCAUGGGGACCAGUACAGCUUGCCUUCGCCCUCACCCCUGCCGCGUCCACCGAAGGGAAGCCGCAAAAACUGUACCCGCCGGGGCCGCAAGGGAAAAGGGGGGCUCAAUGAGGUACAGGUACUUCAGGAGGGGGAUGAGAAGGACUACUCUCCAGAUGGAGGUAAAUACGAUAUGUCUGCAUCCUCAAGAAGGAGAAACAAGUGCAUCCCCAGAACUUCUGUUGGUCCACCAAGUGGAGUCCAGAGAGCUAAUAACACUGGAUCCCAUGCAGCAGCAUUUAUUCCCUAUUUGUCAUCAGCUCUGUUUCUGUCAAUCUAUUUUGUGAUCCUGCGCUGAAACAGAACCCAGACACUUAUGUGCUAAUGAUGCAACCUUAUUAUUAAUUCUCCUAAAAAAACAACAACACCCUGUCCUGGUUAUUUAUGGAGACAUGUGGACAACCAAGUGUGUACUUGAUACUGUUUGGGAACAUUGAGAAGUAUUCCUGCGGCAAAAAUGCAGGGAUUCUUAUGUGUCAAAAGAUGGAAGUCAGGGAGCACAACUCAGCCCACUGUUUUGAUGAUGUCAGCAUAGAAACAACAGGGAAACUUCUGUCUCUUUGGCAUCAGUCACUUCAUCAAAUUUAUGUACUCAUGAAAACUGUACAGCCUCAUAAAAUAAUUAACCAAUUAUUCAUUCAAAUUACAGUGAGAGCACACAGUAAGUAUAAAAAACAGUUAGCCCUCUUGACUCAGUAGUGCUCUCACAGCACAGCCUUGAUCUGUCACUCACACUAGGACAAAGACAGUCAUUUAAAGCUGUCUCUUUGCUCACUCAACAGCACCUUAAGAUCAAGAAACAAAGUACCGCAGACACUGGUGGCAGGAAAAUGAGUCAUUGUGAAGAGUUUCAGCGAUAAUAGCUGUAAUCACUAUCAAUCCGUCAGCAAAUUGGCUCUGCACCCACGUCUCACAGCAGUUUUAAUGCACAUCUGUACACUUUGGCAUCUAAAUAAUACAGCUGAAAUUGUCACACAACAAUAUAACUGUCAGUUCGUCAAAGCAGUCCAUUCGAAAGCUAUCAUUUGUCCUCAACUUUGCAUACCAACCUAAAAGCCAGUCCAAGCCAACAAAUCAUUCUAAAAGCCAACUGGUCUCAUUCAGCAUCCUAGAGUGAGUGAAUAUUUCUGAGAAACUGUUGUGUAACUGUGGGUGUAAAGUGGAAAAAGAAAAUAAAUACUCUAAAGCUAUGUGGAUACGACAAAGCUAGAUAAAAAGAGUGCCUAAUGGGAGCCAGUUAUCCCAUGAACAGCAUCUGGAGGCGAGAGACAAUUUCAUUCACUCUCCAACUUCUCUUGGCUGAGCACUUCUCUGCAGACCAAGAAAAACCAGGGGAUUUAGUCUCAGUCAUAAAACUUCUGAUUCACUGAAAGUGAUGUGCACUUCUCUCUGUAAUGCAAUGGAGGUUUGUGUGUCAUUCAAAAGCACCAUUCAAUUCAAACAGUCACAAGAAACAGAUUCUGUGUCAGAGGUUUGAUCAGCCUCUGUUGAGUAAAAAGUAAGGUCAGAGUGUGUGACGAAUGAACGAGCUUGCGGAUCGCUCUUCUCUGAUUUGUUAACAAGGACUUGUUGAUCUUCAAGCCUGUUUGAAGAGUCGGAUUUUAUCGCUGCUAGGUCUGAAGAGAGAAAAUCCCUAUGACAUGUGGAGGCUAUGUGCUCUUCUCCAAGAAUUACCCAUGAAAAAAAACAAAACAAUGGGAUACAGCAUACCCUUUGAUAACAGUCCAGUUCGACGGCGGUCUUCUCCCAGAAAAUAAAAAAAGACCAACCACCUUCACAGCUCACUGCAAACUUCAAACCCGGGAUUCUCAUUUGUUUUUUCUCCAGACAUCCUGUUGCAGCUCACCUGAUGUCUCCACCACUCAAUUGAAAUAGGUGGAAACUGAUAAAACAAAUAAUAUAAUUUUCUACAGCAAAACAAAGCAUUGUUGUCUUUUGUUGAACUAGCUGCUCCUCAUAAGUAGAGAUGCACCAAGAAAUUGACAUGUGACAGGAAAUGGGCAAUUUUCAGGUUGAGUACCCCCAGUAGGCUACCAGCCAUUUGGAAACUCAAAUUUGAUUAUUGCUCUGUUUGCUCUCCAAAGAUCACUCAAAAGUUAGCUAUUUUCAGGAUCAACUUUAAAAAUAAGACAAGAACAAAAAAUAAGAGAAAGCACAAAGAUCGAAGAAGCAGCACUAAUUCUUUAAACACGUCUGUAAUUAUUUCUUUUGAAAGAGGGAGAGUUUGAUUUGCAGCUGAUAACAGAAAGUCUGAACAGAGUCCAGAAAAAUUGCUUCAUUUUAUCCUUUUGAAUAUUCUACCCUGGUCUGUUAUCUUGGCUGCCUUUUUGAAAUCUCAGUUAAAGGGACAGUUUGGAUUGUUUAAAUUAUCAGUAGCAGUGGUCUUUCCUGUUGUAGACAAAUGUCACAUCACUCCAGGUGAAUAAAUUCCCAAAAUGAGUCAAAUUAACCAUUAGUUUUAACUUAUUUUCUGAGGUUAAAAACAAUUCAAACAAAAAAUGAGCAAGAAAAACCUGUUAACAACUAGAUUUUCACAUUACACUGUUGUUGACGAUAGUGAACUGCAAAGAAGUACUUUCUCAUUGACCUCCUGGUUUAUGUCGCCCAGCAGUCAAUAGGUGGGAGGUGGAGUCCAUUGACUACUGCAGAUGAAAACCCCCUCAAGUGAGCCAGAGGUAGUAAGUGGGUAUUGAAGAUGUAUAGACUCUAACCUAUUAUCAGUGCAUCUGUACUGGUUUGUGCUCUAUGCAUAAAGGAGAAGGUGAAAAGGAAGAACGUUACUGCAGUUUUUCUAUCCUUUUGUUCCUCAGAGAUAAUUCAUCCACAUCAGGAAAACAGCACGUCUCUUUUCACUGUACAUCUGUAAAAAUUAAAAUCUUGCUUUUAAAAAUACCUUUGUGCUCAUGAUCUGAGUACCAUUAAAGAAACAUGAGCUGAUAGUAGCAUUGAAUAAAGUUUGGUCUAAUAUAAGUUACACUCAUUGUGUUUUAUAAACAUGUGGAGUGACACCGGAGUGCCAUGGAGGGAAUAACUUACUAAAAACUAUCUCUGUAAGGUAGUUCACAUUCUUUUACACAGAGAUUUUAGUUUUUUCAAGGUAGUCAUACUAAUUGGUAAUAUCUGAUGCUAAACACAGUUUAAAAUGUGAACUCCAUUAUUAUUAUUUUUUUACUUUGGCCCUGAAGUGCAAACUGCUUCAACAAAUCACUACACACAACUACAAAUUGAAAAACACAACAACCUAUGCAAAAAAAAAACAUGACAUUAACUAAGCACAAUUACAAAUUAAUAAAACACAACAAUAUUAGCAAAAAAGAAGAUGAAAUUCUCAGUGGGAAAACUAAGACAUUCCUGAUUGGUUGAUAUCACUUUUAACUUUAGAACCGGGAAUUAAUCACUCAAAAUAUUCUUGGACAGCGGCAGCUACGUAGACAUGAAAACAAGCCUCCUGAGUAUUCAUGUUUAUGGGUAGCUAUGUUUUCUUCUUCUUUUUUAUAAUGGCGGAUCAUAGACGCCUUCAAGGUGCAUACUGCCACCUACUGUAAAUGAGUGUGUAGCAGCAUUAUCAAACACCCAUUAAAUUGAGUUUUUUCUGGUAUUUUGUAUCAUGACACUAAAUCUGUAAUUUUUUCGGUAGCUAUAUUUGCGUCAUUGGUAACAUUUGUAUUUUCAACAAAUGUGCUAAAACCAGAAAAAUGUCCGGUUUUAAAGUCAAAAGAGGAAUCGCCCAAUCAGAGACGUCUUAGGUUUCCCACUGCAUAUCACGGGACCUAUUUAUUCUGUUUUGUUAAUGUUGUUAUUUUUCAAUUUGUGUCCUCUGGAGAAAGGUACCAGCACUCCUCAUGACCCCACAAAGGAAUAAGCAUGUUGGAUAAUGGAUGGACAGAUUUUUCCUUUUGUAGUUGUGUUUAGGGAUUUGUUGAUGUGGUUUGCACUUCAGGGCCACCAUAUGUUGUCUUUGCUUGAAAAACAAUCACAAAUCUUUUAACAAUCUUUUAACAUUUGGAGCACAAAAUGUGCUCCAAAUGUAAAUUAUGUUAAUCACUCUAGGCAGGAAGAUUAGAAAAAAAAACACCUUAAACACCGUUAUCAACCUAGAAACAGGAAUGAACUAAAAUCAGUGUCAGAUUUUAGCUUUACAAAGGUGGAGAUCAGAUAAGCCUCAAAAUUCUGACUGGUGCAUCUCUACUUAUAAUCAAAACAUAACACAAUUAUGACAGGUCAUUUAAAAAAUAAAAGCCUACAAAUUGUGAUCCGGUUUACAGACUACCCCAAAACAAACAGGUUCGUAUUGGACUCCAGAGGCAGGGGCCAUAUUUGUACCCCUGCUUGUGUGUGUUUCCUGCUGAGUCCCACCUUUUCGUGUCUACCUAUCUCGAUGUCGGGAACAUUGGGCAGCCUGUCACUAUAGUGUCACUGUCCUGGCAAAUAGGAUUAUAAGUCCCUAUACCAGUGAACUUUGUUUGUGCUGCUGUAAACCAAGAGGUGAUGUAAAUUGUGUCUGUUUAUUCCUGUGAGAAUGACUUUUAUAAUAAAACAAAAAUGAGAAAAAUAGAGAGAAGUGGAGAAGUGAGACUCUGUUGCUUCUCACUUGUUCCCAUGAAAAAUGUACAGGGAGCUGAAGGCUGGAACUUUGUUAUUUUUUUAAUAUUCUUAUAAUUGUUUUUUUUUUUGUGUGGGGGGUUCCAGGGGGGCUUUCAGUCUUUUUGAUUUGCUGAGUAACUCAAGAUAAACAGCACACUGCAGUGUCCUAUGUGCUUUUCUUCCUUAUCUUUUUCCUUACUUUCUAUUCGUCAUCCUCUUUCUCCAUCUUUCCUCCUCGUUUCUCUUUCCCUUCUCAUCUUCCUGUGCCGCCAUUCUCUCUUUUCAAUAAGCACACACAGAGACACGCACACAUAUUUGUGUAUUAUUUUUCUCUCUUCCUUUGUGGAGCCCAAAUGUUUUCUAUGUGGUUAUCAAACAAUGCCAGACUGAAGCUGUUUAUAAAUAACAUUAAACAGAUAGUGUC